UCCCCGCGGGCGAGAAUCAAGGAAGUGGCUGCAGCUAAAAAGCGACGUUAGCGCGUCCGUUCUUUCCGGGGACCAGGCCAGCGCUCCAGAGGCGGCCACAGGGCAGCGGUUCACCCGAGGCCGAGCUCCGCGACUUCGGCGGAGCACAAAGCCGAACGGGCGGUCGCGGACGGGAUUGCGCUCGGAGACAGUUCGUCCUCUCGGGGUAGCCGUAGGCGUCAGGGGACCCGUCCCGGCCGAAUCCACGUGACUCUAGGGGCGCCUAGCUGGAGCCAUGGCGGUGUCCAGGCCGCUGUCCCGCUUCUGGGAGUGGGGUAAGAAUAUCGUGUGCGUGGGCCGGAACUAUGCGGACCACGCCAAGGAGAUGGGGAGCGCGGUGCUUAGCGAGCCCGUGCUCUUCCUGAAGCCGUCCACCGCCUAUGCCCCCGAGGGCUCGCCCAUUCUCAUGCCCGCCUACAGCCGCAACCUGCACCACGAGCUCGAGCUGGGCGUGGUGAUGGGCAAGCGAGGCCGCGCCGUCCCGGAGGCCGAGGCCAUGGACUACGUGGCCGGCUAUGCCCUGUGCCUGGACAUGACCGCCAGGGACGUGCAGGAUGAAUGCAAGAAGAAGGGGCUACCCUGGACCCUAGCCAAGAGCUUCACCACCUCCUGCCCCGUCAGCGCGUUCGUGCCCAAAGAGAAGGUCCCUGACCCUCACAACCUGAAGCUCUGGCUCAAGGUCAAUGGAGAACUACGGCAGGAGGGUGAGACGUCUUCCAUGAUCUUUACCAUCCCCUACAUCAUCAGCUACGUUUCUAAGAUAAUGGCCUUGGAAGAAGGAGAUAUUAUCUUGACCGGGACGCCGAAGGGAGUUGGCCCUGUUAAAGUAAACGAUGAGAUCCAAGCGGGCAUACACGGGGUCGUCAGUGUGAGAUUUAAGGUGGAAAAGCCAGACUAUUGAGUCUAUACAAAGCAUCCUAAUUUCUUAAGUUUCAGAAGAGAAGGGAGUUGGACUGAAGCAAGCAAAGGUUAUUAAAGGUGACAGUCCUUUAAAAAGAAAUCAAAUUUUAAAGAUGAUUUGAUUGGAUUGCUGUGUCUCAACUCAGGGAAGGUAGGAACUCCGAGAAAAACAUGCUCUAGAACAGCCGAUCAGAAAUGUAAAGGAGAAAGGAAUGCCUGUCUGUCUCCUAGGAAACAAACAGAAGAAAGUAUUUGUGAUGUCUCCCAUGAGGCAUGAAAUGUUCAGAAGGCUUUCCUAAAACCGGACUGGAAAAGACUUUUCAGUGAGUCAUUCUGGGAUCAGUAGUUCAAUAAUUAAAAUCUGCAAAGGGAGUUGAAAAGCAUGUUUCAAAUGAAUGUUUCCCACAUUUCCUUGAUCAUGGUGAUCAUCUGAAGGUAUUUGUAAAAAAAAUAUUUCCAAAUUACUGGCCCAUACUGGGCCCACUGUAUUAACAGAAUUAAUCUCCAGCACUCCAUGUGAUUCUUAUGAAAUGUGGAAAAACACUACUCCACAUAUUUUAAUUUAAAUUUUUAUUUAAUAAGUUAAUGAAUGACAACCUCACUCGUUUGUACCCUGGCUCAUAGAUUCUGAGCUUAAGAGAGAAUUUUGAGUCUGGCUGAUGUAGCUCAGUGAUUGAGUGUCGCCCAGAUUGCCCACUGGAUCUCCAGUAGGGAGCGUGCAGAAGGCAACUUAUCAAUGUUUCUAUCCCUCUCCCUCUCUAAAAUAAAUAAAAAUAUAUUUUUUAAAAGAUAAUUUUGAAACUACUGUUUUUAAAUAAAUAUGUGGGGUUUUGUGUGGACUAAAAAAUCUUUCCCUUAAUAGUGGCUAAGAGGGAUGCUUUUCUUAUAAAGGACUUCAGACCUUGGUCACACUGACCUUUGGCCUGGUGAGCACUGUGCUUUAUUAACAGAGUUCAUCAGCAUCUCUUCCUCCUGACCAGAAAUAAGCAGGCUUCAGGGAAGUUAAGUGGCCUAGGUGCUACUUUUGCUUUAACCUGCACACUUCUUCAAAAAAAGGGUAGGCAAGAUGCACAGCAUAGCUAUCAGACUGCUGGUGGAGGCAUUUUAGGCUCAGGCAGAGCCUCCUACUAUAGUGUAAACGGAAGAUAUCUGCUGGCCCUUGAAAGCUUCGCACACCUAAUUUAAUAAUAGUUAACAUUGUGCCUUAGUAUUGCUAGGUACUGUGUGCCAAGAGUUGUCUGUGUUUUAUUUAACCCUCAACAAAGCUGUGAUGUUGGUAUUACUACCGUCCCUAUUAUACAGAUGAAAAUAGAGAUUUAGAGGUUAAGCUAGCCUGGUUCUACAGUCACUCAGCUGAGUGACAGGCCCAGAUGUAACCCAGAUAUCCCAAGACCAGAACCUGAACGAAUGCAGGAUGCAUCUUUUAAAUAGAUAUAUAAAAAGAUUCAAAUGUUUAGGUAUUAUGCAACCCCCACGUUUAAAUUAUAAUUUACUAUGAGGAAGUCCCUUAAGUGGAUUUAUUAAAUAUCAUGCUAUCUUUUUAUCAAGUUUCUUUUUUAAUUGUUUAAGCAAUACAUGUUUAUUACAGAAGAGCUAGAAAAUAUGGAUAAGAAAAAAACCCCAAACACUCAAAAUUUCAUCUGCUCAGAGACAGCCAAAGUUAAGUAUUUGGUGUACAGUUUUCUAAAUCUAGAUGUAAUUGUAAUGUUUAUUAUUUGUUCAUACCACACAAUUUUAUAACCUAGUUUUUUUCACCAUAUAUUGUGACUCUCCAUGUUAGUCUGCACAUUUCUGCAGUACUAUUUUCAGUGACUGCAUACGAUUCUGAAGUUAGUCCUUCACUUUUAACCAUUGAGAUUGUUUCUAAUUAUUUGCUAGCAGAAUCAGCACAUUUAUUAUUUCCUUUGGCUAGGUUCCCAUAAGGAAAAGAGUUGAAUCAAGGGUGUGCUCAUAUUGAAAGUGUAUUGGUCCAGUUAGCAGAUACAAGGUUCAGCUGAGACAAUUCUACCAAACUCAGACUUGAAAGCAAACUAAAGAUAUGAGGCUGGAGCCAUGUUCACAUAUAGCUCCCUUGGGUGGCAUAAGCCAACACCCAGAAAAUAUACGCUGCCUCUGAGGUCAUUGUUCAUCACAGUGGUUCAUUAGCUUUGUCACAAACAGCUGACAACAGCAUUGCGGGUGUCACAUACAAAGUCCUUGGCUGUAAGAAUCAAAAACUGAGAGACUCACUAAUUCCCAAAAAUUCUGAUAUUGAUAAAAUACAAUAAUACUAGCACCUAGAAGGUACAUUCCCCCCUAACUUUUAUUUUGCAUAAAUUUAAACCUAAUAAAAAGUU